AUGCCCCCAAGAAAGGCUCAGAAUCAGUCCCCCAUUGUUGUGAACUCUCAAUCGCCCCGAAAGCGCAGUCGUUCCAAUGCCAACCACGAAACCGAAUCCGAGACGCCCUCGAAGCGAAGACGUGACGCUCUGGGCGCUGACGAUAUCACAAAUCGUGAAAACGCCGACCACCAGCAUGAAUCAAUGACCAACGGCUUUGCUGAGCCAUCGCCUGCGGAGAAGACACCGACGACGACGCCCAGGAAACGAGGGCGGCCACCAAAACCCAGGCCGAAUGGCGACACGCCCACGCCAAGGGCAUCUGACCCAAGGACACCCUCCAAGCGCAAGAACAAAGACGGCGAGGACGAAGAUGCUACGCCCCGUAGACAGGCUGGCGCAGAUCGAUCCGCCCGUCGCAAGUCGGCACGCGCCCUGAUCGAAUCGGUCGUUGGCAACGAUGAUUCUGAUGCGGAGCCGGAUGGCAUAGCGGGAGCAAUCUACGACUCAAGUGAAGAGGAAGCUGCGGGGGAGGACGGGGACAAGACAGAUGCAACACCAUCGAAAGAUACGCCUGAAAAAAGAGGGAGGAAGAAACGGGACAAGUCACCCACUCCGCCGAGGGAUCUACCGUCCCAUGAGCUCUACUUCUUACACAACAAGCCGGGGAAACCAAAGACUUCGAACAACACUCUCUCAGCACUGAGUCUGCUAACACAUGACGAAUACUUCACCUUGCUAAGGGAGCAGACGGACCGACACCAGAGCCAGAUCGAGGACCUCGAAGCUUUCCACGCCAAGAGCUUUCCUCAGUGGACGUUUGAGCUUUCUCAGGGAUUCAGCAUAUGUCUGUAUGGGUAUGGAUCCAAGCGACCGCUUCUGCAGCGACUGGCGAAGCAACUCUACCAAGAGACACCACCGGGCAAGACGCAGAGAAUCGUCAUUGUCAACGGCUACGCCCAGACGACCACGAUGAGAGACAUCCUCUCCACCCUCGGCCUGGCACUCAACGUGCGCAUCCCGGCAGGUCCUCCCCCGAAUAUGAUGCAGGUCCUGCUUGCCAGCCUCGCCUCGGCGCCGGACACCAUUCUGGCCAUCCUCGUCAACUCCAUUGACGGAGCACCCAUACGCAAGGCUACGCACCAGGCGACGCUGGCGCAACUCGCAUCGCAUCCGCAGAUCCGCCUCAUCGCCUCAGCGGACACGCCCGACUUCUCACUGCUGUGGGACGUUGGGCUGCGCUCAUCGUUCAACUUUGCCUUUCACGACGCGACGACCUUUCGCCCCUUCACGGUGGAGCUCGAUGUCGUGGACGACGUGCACGAGCUCCUCGGCCGCAAGGCGCGCCGCAUCAAUGGGCGGGAAGGUGUCUCUUUUGUCCUCAAGUCGCUACCUCAGAACGCGCGAAACCUGUUCCAGCUGCUCGUCGGCGAGGUGCUCAUUGCGAUGGAGGAGGAAGGUGUUGGUGGCGGGGAGGACGUUGGAGUCGAGUAUAGAAUGAUCUACAACAAAGCCGUGGAGGAGUUCAUCUGCAGCUCGGAAAUGGCUUUCCGAACAUUGUUGAAAGAGUUCCACGAUCAUCAGAUCAUCACGAGUCGAAAGGAUGCCAUUGGCACGGAGUUGCUGAGCGUUCCCUUUGGGAAAGAGGAGCUCGAGGCCAUCCUGGAGGACCUAAUGUCAUGA